AUGCAGUAUCUCUCCAAGGCCUACAACUACUACUCUGGCAUCAACCCCGCCACCCUCUCUGGCGCUAUUGAUGUCAUCGUAGUCCGCCAUGUCGCCGCCGACGGCACAGUGACCCUCUCCUCCUCACCGUUCCACGUCCGCUUCGGCAAACUGCAGGUGCUUCGCGCGGCCGAGAAGCGCGUGACGAUACGGAUGCCAAACAAUCUCCCAGCGCCGCAUAUUGCGCCGUUCGACAUGAAAGUCGGCGAGAGUGGAGAAGCAUUCUUCGUGGUCGAGACCGAUGAGCAGGUGCCGGAAGACCUGUUGACCAGUCCCAUUGUGGCCCCUACGGAGACUGAAUUACCACCCACGCCACCCUUAUCAGACGAUCAAGCAGCAGAUGAGCAUGGGGGAUCUGUCACGCACGAACCCUUUGGGAGUACAGAGAAGCAGGUGCCACACGAAGAGCCCUUGGGUGAUGUCGAUUUUCUCGACCUCAAUGCAACCCCAGACACACCCAGCAAGGCCACACAUUCGGCUACGGCAAGUCCUCUGCGGCGGGAUAACCCUCUCAGACACAACAUACUCGGCACAGCGUCCAACAUCCUUCCCCAAUCCAUGCGAUCUGCUCCCUCCACACCCACAAAACCACAGGCUCCCGCUCGACAGCCGUCUAUUGACGAUAAUGCCCCCAACGACGAGGCCAAGGCGAAAGAGGAGGACCGCCCUGUGGUGUCCAAUACCGACAAGGAACCUAAUCCCAUCGAAGCGCACGCGGGAGACCGCCCAGAGCUUCCAGCAAGAGACAAGAAACUUAGCUCGUACAAUGCUGCGUAUUCAGCGUCCUCAGCAGAAAAGGCGUUGCCCAAGGUACCGGCUGGCCAGGGCGAAGGCCCAGAAGUGCUUUACGGCAAGGACGUCGUCUUGGACAUGGACGGAUACCAUAGUGCCAAAGACGCCGAAACGCAGCAGGGAGAGCAUGACGCCACAGUAGAGACGUUCAUUCAAGAUCUGAUUUCGAGUGUACAGUCGACUGUCGAAAGUCGUCCGAAACCUCGAAAGUCAUUGUCUCUACAGACAGAGGCGGAAAGGCCUUUUGAUGACCAAGAUGUCUCUCCAGCACUUUCCCCUCGCCAAAGCUCUCCCGAUCUAGACCUAAGCACAACGUUGUCGGGCUUGUCUAUGGACGGCAAAAAGACACACUUCUCCAACGUUGCCUCUCACAACAGGUUGGAGAGGGGUCAAUCUGAGCCUCCCCAGACAUUCCACACUGAUGACCUGAGUAAAUCGCCCGAUACUCAAGCGAAAGACGUGGUGGAAAGAGAAUGGGACUGGUCACGCCCUCAACCCGAUACUCCAGAUAACGGUGGGGAGCAGCAUAAUGUGACCGGCAGCUUGAAGAAUGUCGAGGAGAAUCCUUUCCUUUUUGUACUCGAAGUUGGCAAACACACGCAUUCUUUCGAGCUGUCGCUGUGCGAGGGCUUUGGCAAAGAUGCUACAGAGGCUGAACAAGAGGCAAUGUUUGUCAAGAACCGCAUUACCUUUCAGCGUUUCAUUGAAGACUCGCGCAUCAUCGACAACCCUGCCAUCGUUGUCGGCUAUAACGACCUCUACUUUACUUGGUCUUCUGGCUACCGCCUCCUCUACGGCUUGGCUGUGUAUCGCCGUACACUUGCGCCUCCUAAUGCUUCGCCCUCGAGUCCCACCUUGCCUGCAAUGUCUUUGGUUGAUGCAGGUGGGGAUAUAGGGAGCGGCUCGACGACGGCAGCAAACGGGACUGGGUGGUCCAAGUGGUGGAGACGGGGGCAGAGUAAUGGAAGCGAGUCAAGUGUCAGGCAGGGGCAAAGCGAGACCGCUCCAGCGACUACAACGCCCGUGCCCGGCACUCCCAAGCCCGAGUCCGAUGCGCCAGUGCAAGAGGCAGAUGGCACCAGACAUUUUGCCAAGACACUUCGUUUGUCUUCGGAUCAGCUUGAACAAUUGCAUCUCAAACCUGGGCCCAAUACGAUCUCUUUCUCUGUUAGCUCUUCUUACUCUGGGCUGGCUGUUUGCACGUCCAGGAUCUUCCUGUGGGAAGAAACAGAUCAGAUUGUCAUUUCGGACAUUGACGGCACCAUCACCAAAUCGGAUGCUCUAGGCCACGUCUUUGCUGCCAUAGGUCGUGACUGGACCCACCUGGGUAUUGCCAAGCUCUACACCGAUAUCUGUAACAACGGCUACAAGAUUCUCUACCUCACAUCGCGAGCGAUUGGUCAAGCGGACACUACGCGAGAGUAUCUGAAGAGCAUUGCACAGGGGCAAUAUCGAAUGCCUGAAGGUCCAGUCUUGAUGAGUCCCGAUAGGCUAAUGGCGAGUCUGCAUCGCAGGGAGGUCAUCAUGCGGAAACCAGAGCUUUUCAAAAUGGCCUGUCUUCGAGACAUUCAGCGUCUCUUUGGCGAGCAAGCCAAAGAAGCCUUCUACGCUGGAUUCGGUAAUCGUAUCACCGAUGCCAUGAGUUAUCGAAGUGUGGGGAUUGAAGCGAGUAAGAUAUAUACAAUCGACUCUACGGGCGUGGUCAAGACUGAGCUGCUACAAUCUGCGGGGCACAAGGGAAGUUACAUCCAACUUAACGAUCUCGUGAACGAAGUUUUCCCAACCGCGUCAAGCAAGGUCAAGCCCGAGUAUACGGAUUUCAACUACUGGCGCGACCCUGUUCCCGAUAUUCCCCUACCCGACCUUACACCCCCAUCGCCUGCUCUGUCAGCGCGCAGUGACACUUCAGGGCGGUACAGUGUGAUUGGAAAAAUCACAGGCAUGGCCCGACGUUCUUCGCGUGCAACGCAUCCCAAUGGGUCCGCGUCUACAUCGCAGGUGGAUCCUUCCAGUCGCCCGUCCAGUCCUCUGAUGGCGCCCAGCUUGACGAGCAUGGAUAUGAGCGAGGGUGACGAAGAAGACGACGAAAGGAGUCUGAGCUCGAUGCCCGGGUCAUUUGAGGAUGACAAGGGGGAAUUACUAGAUGAAGUGUUUUUUGCGAGCGGUAGCCAGCAAUCAAGACCGGGUCAUCGAGAAGAAGAAGAUGGUAGAGAGGAGAGCGACGGAGAAGAUGAUGAGGACGGUGGAGAAGGAGGCCAGGAUGAUUCGUACGACGACGACGCCAUCUUUGACGAUGAUAUCUUGGCCGCCGGAGAGAUGCAGAAUGUGCCCUUUUGA